UAUCCUGCGUUCGAGCUUCUCUCGCCAGAUGCCGACCUCCUGCAGACUGCCCAGUCAGGUCUAUCAGCGUUGUGGCAGCGCUGCAGCACAGACGGGGUCGGAGAGGAAAUCUGGCGACAGUGGACAGCCAGCGUUGGUCCCGGGUGCGUGCGACGCUGUGCAGACACGGAGACGGCCCACCGGUGCUCGCGCGGCUGACUGGAGACUGACUGCGGGGAGUGCUUCGAUCGGACAGCUUCAGCCAGCGGCCAGUGUACUAAAACGGCCUCUGAUGCGGCUUGAAUACACCGAGUAAAAUCUCCAGGACAGCAAGCACAGGCUGGUUCCUCUGAGACGAGCUCCCUCUGGGCGCUCGGCCGGCGUCCAGGAUGGGUCUGAAGACGUGCUGCUGCUGCAUCCCGCUGCGGACGGGCGCCCUGUGCGUGGCCGUGCUGUACCUGGUGGUGAACAUCUGCACCGUGGUCGGGUGGUCCGUCUUCACCAUCCUGUCGCUGCUCUUCACCACGCCGGCCGACUACCUCGACCACCCGCAGUACUACAAGAGGAAGAACAUGAUCUGGCUGUUCGUGCUGCUCGGUCUGCUCGUCAUCUGCUCGCUCAACAUCACAAUGGACAGCCUCCUCGUGCACGGCAUCCGCAAGGGCAAGCGCAAGUUCAUGCUGCCCUGGGUGGUGUGGUACUGCAUCUUCACGGUGCUGGCCACGCUCGCCUGGCUCGGCCUGGUCGUCUGGCUGGUGAUGCUGGUGCUGAACGAGGACGGCGAGUUCCUCAAGCUGCUCAUCUUCUUCCUGAGCGUCAGCGUGGCCGUCGGCCUGGUGGUGUUCGUCGUCAUGUGGUUCUGGUACGCCUGCGUCGUGUCCUACUACAGUGCCAUCGCCAACAGCGACCACUACGCCAUGGAGCCACCCGUGGUGGUCUCCGCGCGCAGGAAGCGAGAGACGGUGCCGUUCUCGAUCUGAACAGAUCCGUGUCGACGGAGGAUCAAUAAGUGCGGAUGCACCAAACCAUCUUAUAGAAAUCUAGCCAGGGUGAUAAACUGGAGCCAUGCAUGUCGAUAAACCACACGGCUUUGAUGUGAUCACUUUUUCAUUUUUGGUAGUUUCAACAUCCCAUGAGAAGACGUGAUCGCCUACAAUAUUCUUCAAGAUAAUCGCCUAUAAGACCCAGCUAGCCACAAGCCAUUCUGAGUGGACAAACCAUGUGGAGACUGCGCAGAAUAUGCGG